AUGCUAGCUACGACGAAGGCACUGUGCCUGCUGGCGCUGUGUCUGGCUGCCGACGGCGUCUACUCACUCGCUACACCUGGCACUCCGUCGAACCCGCCAAAGUACCUGGCAGCGGCCGCUCAGGCCCAAAAGCGCCGCAAUGACGCGCUCAAUGCGUUCAUGCCGCUGCCUGCCAUUGACCAGACGACGUUGGGCAAUGACGUGCGCCCGUUCCUCACCAAGACCACCCUGUUGACGAAGGAGGAGCUCAAGAUCAUCAAGUCUGACGCCCCAACGCUGGUGAAUAGAAUGCGAAAACGGGAGCUGUCGUCGGUAGAGGUGACGACGGCAUUCUGCAAGGCAACAGUGAUCGCGCAGAACCUGACGAACUGCGUGACCGAGGUGCUUUUCGAAGAGGCGCUCCAACGAGCAAGAUACCUCGAUGACUUCCUCGCCCGGACUGGAAAGGUCACGGGUCCGCUCCAUGGCCUGCCGAUUUCUCUCAAGGAUACUUUUGUCACGCCCUCUCGCCCAUCCUCGAUUGGCAUAGCUGCCUAUGCCAAUGAGCCAACAACAACAAAGUCGGUGGUCGUGCAGAUGAUGGAGGACCUGGGGGCAAUUUCAUACGUCAAGACCAACGUUCCAACGGCCAUGCUGAUGGGUGAAACCAUCAACAAUGUCUGGGGCGAGACAAUCAAUCCAAUUCAUAAACAACUUACCCCUGGGGGCUCUUCCGGGGGCGAGGGUGCCCUCCUGGCGUUCCGUGGCUCGCCUCUGGGUAUCGGUACAGACAUUGGAGGUAGCAUUCGUAUUCCAGGUGCUUAUGGCCAUCUGUAUGGCCUGAAGCCCUCUCUUGGGCGCCUUCCAACAUGGGGGGCAAGGCCAGCAAUUCAGGGCCAAGACAUCAUCUAUUCCGUUUCUGGGCCUAUGUCGUCUUCGCUCAAAAGCGUGAAGCUCUUUGCUGAGUCUUUUCUUUCCGAGGAAGCGGCUCCUUGGACCUUGGACCCCAAGAUGGUACCAAUUCCUUGGAGAAGGAACGUCAUCAAACCUAGAGGCCGUAAACUCAAGUUUGGUCUCUUCCCCUGCAAUGACGGUCUGGCCACCUGCCACCCUCCAGUGGAACGAGCGCUCAAGGUCACCGUGAAAGCGUUGAAGGACGCCGGACAUGAAGUUGUUGAUUGGAAGCCUAUAGAUCCCGAGGGAGUUCAGAAUAUUUCGGCUCAGGUCUUCACGCUCACUGGCUCUGAUGCCCUUCUCCCUGUCCUCCAGAAAUUUGACGAACCUCUUAUUGGAGUUUUGAAGCUUAUUUUCCCGACCACGGGCGCUCCUCCGCCGGCGCUCACGGCCACGAAGCUCCGUGAGUUGGUCAUCAAGCGAAACCAACUUCAGAAAGACCACCUAGAUCAAUGGAUGAAGACUGGCGUCGAUGGCGUCAUCGCCCCUGUUGCCGUUACGACCCCAGCUCGCUUGAGGAUGGACCCACUGAAGGCAUACGGGGGAUUUUCUGGGUUUGGCAAUCUUAUGGACCUUCCCGGAUGCAGUUUUCCCGUCAUGUACGCUGACAAGACCCUCGACCCCAAAAGAGGACCAGACUGGGUGCCCAAUAGCCCCAGGGACUCCUUCAUCCAGACUGACUAUGAUGCUGACCUAUGGGACGGUGCUCCGGUUGGUCUGCAGGUGCUGGGCCCACGACUGGAGGAAGAAAAAGUACUGGAAAUGACGGAGGUCAUCGCCAACGCGAUCAAGUUCAAGGACCGGCUCAAGUCUGAGCUCCUCUUCUUCUUCCAUAUGGUUGAAUAUGCAAAUAGCUUCUCCCGCGUCCUAACGACCAUGACGUCCUACCUACCCAACCCACGUUCCAUAUCCCGCCCUUUUUGGCGUCUCUGCGAGGCUUUCGUCCUGCAACAAGCGGAUCUUGACGACGAGGCUGACGGCUCUGGUAGUGGUGCUGAGGACAGCGCCAACAGCCUUCAUAAUUAUCUCUCCUCUUCUAUGCUAUCCCGUCUCCCCGAAGAAGACGCGGAGCCCAUGUACUUCGACGACCCCGGCGCGUCAUUCAUAAACUUCAAGCCCAAUGAGUCGCUCAAGAUCACCUGCCUCACUAUUGGCUCCCGCGGUGAUGUCCAGCCUUAUAUUGCGUUGUGCAAAGGCCUCCUGGCCGACGGCCACCAGCCCAAGAUUGCCACCCACCGUGAGUUCGAGGCGUGGGUGAGAAGUCAUGGCAUCGACUUUGCUCCCGUUGAAGGCGAUCCCGCCGAACUUAUGCGAAUUUGCGUCGAACAUGGAAUGUUCACGUACUCCUUCCUAAGAGAAGCAUCUCAGAAAUUCCGAGGUUGGAUAGAUGAACUGUUAUCGUCUGCCUGGCAGAGCUGUCAGGGGAGCGAUGUUUUGAUCGAAUCCCCUAGUGCCAUGGCCGGUAUCCAUGUCGCCGAGGCCCUCCGGAUACCAUAUUUCCGUGCUUUCACUAUGCCAUGGACUCGAACAAAAGGCUAUCCCCAUGCUUUUGCUGUUCCAGACAGUAAAUUGGGUGGAACGUACAACUAUAUGAGCUACGUCAUGUUUGACAAUUUGUUCUGGAAGGCUAUUGCUGGACAGGUGAAUACGUGGAGAAAACGAGAGUUAAUGCUCGGAGAUACAAGCCUGAGCAAAAUGCAGCCAAGCAAGGUCCCUUUCCUAUAUAAUUUCUCGCCAUCCGUUGUUCCUCCGCCCCCGGAUUACGGCGAAUGGGUUCGUGUCACCGGCUAUUGGUUCUUGGACGAAGCAAGUGACUGGACCCCACCGGAAAGCCUCGUGAGCUUUCUUGAGAAAGCUAGGGAAGACAAUAAGAGGAUUGUUUAUAUUGGCUUUGGCUCUAUUGUCGUUUCGGACCCUGCAGCGUUGACCAGGACGGUUAUCCAGGCCGUGCUCACAGCCGAUGUUCGCUGUGUUCUCUCCAAAGGUUGGUCAGAUAGACUUGGCAACCCUGCCAGCGCGAAGCCAGAGGUUCCCCUGCCCCCAGAAAUACAUCAGAUCACCUCAGCACCGCAUGAUUGGCUUUUUACUCAAGUCGACGCGGUCGCUCAUCAUGGCGGUGCAGGCACCACUGGUGCUAGUCUUCGUGCUGGCGUUCCAACCAUUAUCAAACCAUUUUUUGGCGACCAGUUCUUUUUUGGAACCAGAGUCGAGGACCUCGGCGUAGGCAUCUGUCUCAGAAAACUCAAUGUUACCAAUUUCUCGAAAGCGCUAUGGGACGCCACGAAUUCUGACCGGAUGAUUGUGAAGGCGAAACUGCUCGGCGAAAAGAUCCGAAAGGAAAAUGGCGUCGAGACAGCCAUACAAGCUCUAUAUCGUGAUCUUGAUUACGCCAGGACUCUUGUCCAGCGACGCUGGGCGCAUCACCUAGCCCCCUCCACUUCUUCCAAGGAAGGAGAAGAUCAUAAUGUGGAAUUCGAUCUCGAGGGCAUUGAAGACACCUGGACUUUUAUUGGUCACCCUGACAGAGAAUUUGAAUUUUCACCUCAAAGCAGCCAUUCUGAAGGUGAGUUUGAUUUACGGGCUAGUGCUGCUGCCGCGGCGGGUGUCUUCCAGUGCGGUCCCAUCGAAGAGGAAGAUGACGAGGAAGAUGUUGCACGCUGA